UCGAUGAGAAACGUACGAAGUAUCGACAUCUUAUGGUUCCGCCGUGGAAAUGGCCUCGUUGGGUUACUUGGCUAUAAACGCUAAAUGAGCCUCUGUUGUUUGGGGUCGCCCGAGAGAAGAUAGCCCCGGUGUGAAUACACUACACGGAGCGUGUUUACGGUCUGGUCUGAGGAGUGACGAGGCAGAAAGAGACGAUGCCACAUUUCCUGUGGCCGGAGCCGCUGUCAGCAGCUCAGCUGAAGCGGCUGGAGGAGCAUAAAUACAGCGCGUGCGGUCGCUCCCUGUUUGAGCCGCCGUGUCAGAUCUACUGGAACUGGCUGGUCCAGCAAAUACCGACAUGGGUCGCACCGAACACGCUGACUAUUGUAGGACUGCUGGUCAACAUCGUCUCUACGGUGGUGCUUGUUUAUUAUUGUCCCACGGCAACAGAGGAGGCUCCAGCGUGGGCCUUCUGCAUGAGCGCUCUGGGCCUGUUCAUCUAUCAGUCUCUGGACGCCAUCGAUGGGAAACAGGCUCGCAGGACAAACAGCAGCUCAGCUCUCGGGGAGCUCUUUGACCACGGCUGCGACGCCGUCUCCACAGUGUUUGUUGCCGUUGGAACUUGCAUCUCAUGUGGAAUUGGAAGAUUCCCAGACUGGACGUUCUUCUGUGGAUUCAUCGGGAUGUUCAUGUUCUUCUGCGCCCACUGGCAGACCUACGUGUCCGGCACCCUCCGCUUCGGCCUGGUCGACGUCACAGAAGUGCAGUUCGCCAUCAUGAUCAUGUACCUGAUGUCCGCGUUCGGUGGCCUGAGCCUUUGGCACACCAUGUUGCCCGUCCUCGGACUGAAGAUGUACGUCUUCCCCAUCGUGGGCAUCAUCGGCGGCGCCCUCUACUCCUGCUACAACUACUUCUAUGUCAUUCUGAACGGAGGUGUUGGCAAAAAUGGCUCCACUGUGGCUGACACCAGCGUGCUGAGUCCUGGUCUGCACAUCGGCCUCAUCCUCACCUUGGCCUUCAUCAUUUUUAAGAAGUCGUCGAGUCAGCUGUUCGAGCGUCACCCGUGUCUGUACCUGCUCACCUUCGGCAUGGUCAUCGCCAAGAUUUCAAACAAGCUGGUGAUCGCACACAUGACCAAAAGUGAGCUGCACCUGCCAGACACGGCGUUCAUCGGCCCCGGCCUCCUCUUCCUCAACCAGUACUUCAACAGCUUUGUGAACGAGUACGUCGUCCUCUGGAUCGCUCUGGUUCUCUCUCUCGUGGAUCUAACUCGCUACUGCACGGGCGUGUGCCUCCAGAUCGCCUCGCACCUGCGCAUCCAGGUCUUCAGCAUCACGCCGCAGACAAGCCACGCCCACAGCGACUGACGGCUUGCCCGGCGGGAGAAGGCGGGGGGAGGCGCGGACCUCUCCCCGCUCCUGGAAGCAGACGAGGACGACCUGAGCCACUGCAGCCUUGACAAAGUGACCACUUCACAGUAAAACUGCCUCUCUCACCACACGGUACAAGAAAACCAAAACAAAGAAACGAUAUGAAGAGAAAUGUACGAAUGUAUCAUAUUAAACUAGACAUUUGAAUUAGUGCAUGUCAAAAACAGAAUCAAAACUUUAAAAGUUAGAAACCAAAAGCUUGGGCAAAUACUUUCAGUUGAAAUGAUAUUUGUUAAAAAUCAAGGCUCUCUUGUAUUUAUUCAACACAUAAAUAUACGACGGCCAGUAAAUCCAUCGAAUAUUUGCCCAAACUAUUAAUACAUUACCCAUUAAUCCCUGGUUUUAUUUAUUCAAUGAAUGUGACUAAAAUACAAAGUAAUCAGAGUUUGAAAAUCUUUUUUCUUGUUUUAAAAAAAAAAAGAAAAAAAAAAGAAGAAGACCUCAGGAACCUCAAAUAAUUUCCAGUUAAGUUUGUGACUUUGUGGUCUGGCAGAUUGUCAAGCAGCGAGUGCACGUGAAGGGUUCGCGGUCGAGUGUCGAGUUUUUAUUUAUUACCCUUUUGUCUGGUCUCACCCGUCAAACGUGAAAAAUAAAAACUCUCGGCAGCCUCAGCUGGUGACGCGUUCACACUCGACCCGUUCUGCUUCCUCUGUUCUUCUCCCUGAAGGGCUGAUGGUUAUUAAUUAUUAAUUAUUAAUUAUAUGUGAUUGUACAGAAUUCAACUGAAGAAGCCUUAAAUACGUUUGUUGUAAUUACUGUUUAACUUGUGCAUAUUUAAAGGGGUUUUUUCCACUGAAAUGUCAUGUAAACAUGAACAAUACAGUGCUUUUUAAAAAAUAAAAAAACAACAAAGACAUCAUGACAUUUCUUCACUUAUACUCAUGUAAAUGAUGAUUGGUUUUUUGGAUUACUUUACUUUAUUUGAUUCAUUAUUCAGGUGCACUGGGAUCAAAAGGGAUAUUUCUGUAGUGCCGGUAAAACAAAAAAGCUUUUCUUGAUUUUACACAUUAUAAAGGGGCGGCGUCCAAAAUGACGAUGUACAUUCAUGGUUCUCAACACCACUUUUCACUGUUGUGUUAAUACAGUAAGAUGCCUUUCUACUAACAGGUAUGAGUGGAAAAGAUUGUAAUAAAGACAAUAUUUUUC